GUACUCAUUUUAGGAGGAACACUCUUUCUCUCCUGCGUCGUGCGUUCGCAUGUUCGGACUUGACCGCUAUCGUGACUACCUCAGGUCACGAUGCUCUUUCCUCUUGGGUUUUCACUUUCACCAUGACGACGCUGUAUGAUGAGAAGUGACGUCUACCCCACUUUCUGUUCACUGUGUUCGACCGUAGUUCGUAUGUUUGUACUUCUGUUAUUCUCUUCUUCACUUUCACUGUCCGUGCACGAUCCGCAAGCUUGCUGUAUAGAACUUUCCAGUCUCGCCAGUCCUGUCUACUACCUAUUGCAAUACAUCGCGAGAGCAACCAGGCUUUUUCUCCCUUGCCACAUCGCCGCCACCGCAGAUCAAUCGUAACUGUUUCGCGACAAGGUACAGAUCGCGAUACAAGAUAACACUCCCAGAAGCUAAAACUACCGCAGCAUCUACGAGCGUUGACUCAUCAUGGCGACUGGAUAUGCGCCCCAGAUGGAGAAGAUUGCAGGAAUGCAUCCCUCUGAGCAGCGCGAGUUCGUCGACGCCAACUCGGUCAAGAACCCGCCCAGCGCGGGCAAGUUUGACAGCAACACCGAUGUAACGAUGAAUACACUGCCGAGCACUGCGAAUAGCGACAGUGAGCAACUGCGAGGUCCUGCGGAGAUGGAGGGCCUGACCAUCAUCUGGUCCAGGAACUGGCUCAUCGCGGCCUAUGGAGCUAUCAUGCUCAUCUCCUUCAUCAACUCUCUCCAACAACAAACCAACUUCUCAUGGAGACCCUACGUCACGUCGGCAUUCUUGAUGCACGGUCUCACUGCCAUGACCGACAUCGUCGCCAACAUCGUCGGAGGCGUAUCGAAGCUACCGCUAGCCAUGUUCAUUGAUCUUGUUGGCCGGCCCCAAGGCUUUCUGAUGUGCUUGAUCUUCAUAAUCGCCUCUCUCAUCCUCAUGGCCUUGUGUCAAAACGUUCAGACAUUUUGCGCUGCACAGGUCAUCUACUGGACAGGCAUGAACGGUGUCGAUUACGUCUUCAACAUCUUCAUUGCCGACACUGCGCUCAUGGAGAACCGGCUAACUUGGAUGGCAUUCACCGGGUUCCCCUAUGUCAUCAACACCUUUGCCGGUCCCAAACUCGGCGAAACCUACCUCAAGCAUAGCACCUGGCGUUGGGGUUAUGGCUCUUUCGCCAUUUUGACCCCUGUAUUCUCCCUGUCGUUUUGUGCUGUCUUCUGGCUCAUGGGCAGACGAGCACGGAGAGCGGGCGUCGAAGCACGCGAAAUGAGCGGCAGAACAGUCUUCCAGAGCAUCAAGCACUGGUCCAUCGAAUUUGACCUAAUUGGGCUCCUGCUCGUAGUCAGCGGCUUUUCUCUCCUCCUUCUUCCUUGGCCUCUCGCAACUUGCCAGCACCAUGGAUUCGGGUCUCCAUUGGUUAUAUGCAUGAUUGUUUUCGGACUAAUGCUCCUCGUGGCUUUCGUGAUCUGGGAACGCUUCUACGCCAUGAAGACAUUCUUUCCAUACUACCUCAUGAAGGACCGCACAGUUGUUGCGUCAUGCCUGCUAGGCGCCAACGCCUGGAUCGCUUUCUACUCCUACCGGAUGAUGUACUCGUCGUACCUUCAAGUCGUAUUCCAGCUUCCUGUCUCCAAGGCCGGAUACAUUACCAACAUCUUCAACAUUGUUUCAUGUACCUGGGCAAUCAUCAUCAGUUUCGCGAUGAAGUAUACGGAUACCUACAAAUGGGGAGCCAUCAUCGCCGUUCCCAUUCAAAUUACAUGCACUGGUCUGUUGAUCAUGCUCCGUCAUCCCGGUAGUCCAAUCGCGGCGCUGAUCACAGUCGAGGUCUUCGGUGCUAUGGCAAGCGCUAUGCUCUACAAUGUUGAGCAAGUCGCCAUCAUGAUGGCUGUACCGCACGACCAGGUUGCAGUCGCCAUCGCCCUCCUCAACGUCACUACUGCUGUCGGCGGUGCCAUCGGCCAGUCUGUCAGCGGCACUCUCUGGGCGCAGAUUGUACCUAAGAAACUUGUCGAGUACCUCCCCGAAGGCUCGAAGCAUCUAGCUCCGAUGAUCUACGGCGACAUCCGGAAUCAGUUGGGACUGCCAUGGGGUAGCCCGGAGCGCGAGGCUGUAAUCCAUGCAUUCGGUGAUGCGCAAAGGGUCAUGGUCUUGAUGGGAACUAUUGCCUUCGCACCUUGCUUUAUCUGGGUCGCCAUGUUGAAGAAUUCCCGUAUGAGCGAGCGCAAGGCUCGCAAGGGUCUUCAGGCUUGA